GUCUCGCGCCGCUCGCUCUCCCGCCCCUUUCCGGGGCAGGUGACGGUCCGAGCGUUCCCGCCCCUCCCGGGCUGGCGGCGCGCGGGGUCUCGCGGGGGCUGCUCGCGGCGCCGCGGGAGGGGCUGGGGGGGCGCGCGCGGCGGAAGGAGCCGCGGGGUGCGGCGGUUCGCGCGGUCGGGGCGGCGGGAGCGCGCGCGGGUGGCGCGGCGGCCGCUGCGCGGGGCCCGUGACUGACUGGCAGCACCUGCGGAAGAGGCUCCGCCAGCUCCGGGCUUUAUUUCCACUCAGGAAAGAGCCAAUAAGAUGGUGGGCAGCCCUGGCGUUGUUUCUCAGUACCGGUGCUAACUGCUUAACGAUGCGGCAGCAUGAAGUGCAAGGACAAAGAAAUUGGCAUACGCAUUUAGAUACAUUCAGAAUGUUGUGUGGUGGGAAAAAGUCUUACUUUGCUGCUGCUGUGUGCAUUAUUACUCUAACUUCAGUGGUCACACUUUCUUAUCUUAGGUUACAGAGACUACCUUACCUGCCAAAAAUAAUUCAAGAAGGUAGCAGAUGUAGAGGGAAAAUUACCCAUAGCACAAUAACAGCAUUAGAAGAUAACAGAACUUUUAUUAUAUCCCCCUACUUUGAUGACAGAGAAAGCAAAGUCACUCGUGUGAUUGGGAUUGUUCACCAUGAAGGUGUAAAACAACUAUACUGCUGGUUCUGCUGUCAGCCUGAUGGAAAGAUAUAUGUAGCAAGAGCAAAAAUCGAUGUUCACUCAGAUAGAUUUGGAUUCCCUUAUGGUGCAGCAGAUAUAGUUUGUCUGGAACCCGAAAACUGCAAUCCAACACAUGUAUCAAUUCAUCAGUCUCCACAUGCAAAUAUUGACCAGCUGCCAAGCUUCAAAAUUAAAAACCGCAAGUCUGAGACCUUUUCUGUUGACUUCACCGUGUGCAUCUCUGCCAUGUUUGGAAAUUACAACAAUGUCUUGCAGUUCAUACAGAGUGUGGAGAUGUACAAGAUUCUUGGCGUACAGAAAGUGGUGAUCUAUAAGAACAACUGCAGCCAACUGAUGGAGAAGGUCUUGAAGUUUUAUAUGGAAGAAGGCACCGUAGAGAUAAUUCCCUGGCCAAUAAACUCACACCUCAAGGUUUCUACUAAAUGGCACUUCAUGCAAGAUGGAACACACAUUGGCUACUAUGGACAAAUCACGGCUCUAAAUGACUGUAUAUACCGUAACAUGCAGAGGAGCAAGUUUGUGGUUCUUAAUGAUGCUGAUGAAAUAAUUCUUCCCCUUAAGCACCCGGACUGGAAAGCCAUGAUGAGCAGCCUUCAGGAGCAGAACCCAGGGGCUGGCAUUUUCCUCUUUGAGAACCAUAUCUUCCCCAAAACCGUAUCUACUCCUGUGUUCAACAUUUCGUCCUGGAACAGGGUGCCAGGUGUUAACAUAUUACAGCAUGUUCACAGAGAGCCGGACAGGAAAGAGGUUUUCAAUCCCAAGAAGAUGAUAAUCGAUCCACGGCAGGUGGUUCAGACUUCAGUCCACUCUGUCCUACGUGCUUACGGGAACAGUGUGAACGUCCCCGCGGACGUUGCCCUCGUCUAUCACUGUCGGGUGCCCCUUCAAGAAGAGCUCCCCAGAGAAUCCCUCAUCAGGGAUACAGCACUGUGGAGAUACAACUCGUCGUUAAUCACGAACGUUAACAAGGUGCUACACCAAACCGUACUGUAAGCUCCAAAGCGAAACCUGGGUUGUAAGGAGGGGAAGUGGAGAGCUACCUGUGUCUUGGGGAGGCGGAGGAUAUAAUUUAAAAAUCCCAUUGAAAUCACUUCCACAUUAAGUUUACGUGUUACAGAGAUUCGGGAGAGCAGCCCUUUUGUGUGCUGUACUAAGGUAAAUGCAUUUCAUUUGUGAACUGAACUUUGGUACCUUGUAAAAUUCCACGGUGAUCAAGUGCUGGUUAAGGAUUGUGUGAAGUCUCUACUGCAGCUUUAUAAGGUGUGAGAGCUGAGGCAUAGAGAGAAGAUGAUAGUUCUUUUACACGCCUGUAACUAUGAAAGGUAAUUAUUUAAGGCCUAGGUAGUGACCAUGCAGAAAUUAGAAAGUUAAUGUUCUGAUUUCCAGCUAUCUCUUUUUCUUCUACCCAUCUUCAUACAUGUUUUAGAUAGUACAAUGCAUGUUUAAACUACCUGAAGAAGGAAUAAAUUGAUUUUUGGUUAUUUGUAUCUCUGCAGUACUUGGUGGAUAAAAACCAGCUGUGUUUGGUGGUGCCUGUUAAAAGGUGGCUUGGGGCAGCACGUCCCAGGUGAGCGGCUGCAUUGCUGUUCACACGGUAACUCGUCACCGCAGGAGCCGGGUGAGCACACACGCAACUUCAGCACUGCAACUGCCAGUUGUUAGAGGUGUUUCUUCUGAAGGGAAAUGGGGGUUUGUAGCAGAGCCGUGAGCCGUGUGAUGGUACCGAGGAUAAAGGCAGGUGGUGUGAUCUUUCCCGGAAAAUGUACAAUGAGCUUGUUUUCAACUAAAAAUAAUCAGUAUUUCUCAACUGAAUCAAAUAGUGAAAAAAGGGUGUACACAGUUUUCAAGCUAUGUACAAAAAAAUACAACUACAGUCAUGGUAACAUUGCUUAAUUCUUGCAGUUUCUACGUUACUGUUUGGGUACCAAAUUUGUAUGUACCAAGCUGAGUAAAAUGUAAACAAAUGCAUUGUGAAAAUAAUUUAUCAAAAUCGAUGAGUUUCAAUUGUAAUAAAAUGAACCCCUUAUAUUAUUGAAAA